CCAACUAAAAAGUCUUGCUGCGCGUGUGAUAGCAAAAGAUUUAGGCUAUGCGUACAGACUGACAGACUUACAAACCAAGUACCGUAAUCCUUUCUCUCCGCAUACACACUGAGGGUUAAUAAAUCCAGCUCAUACAUACGUAAAAGUGGGCAUGAACAUGUAUGAGUAUUGCAUAUAUGUGUUCCAUUGGAGGUAUGGAUAAUGUGCAUGCUGUUAAUGUUGGUGAGCAAAGUGAGACUACCUAGUCAUCUGAAUGCAGGAAUUUUUAUCUAAAUUUAUGUGUUGUGAUCUGCAUUGCUGUUGCACGUACAAUCGAAAUACGUGUGAAAAAUUGAGGUGCACAUGCUCACUCUUAAACAUGUGUUUCAUUUGUUCUAGUUUUAUUUGAAUACUAUUAUAUUGUUUACAUUUAGUCAUAAUCCACAAGUUCGUUCGAGAUAAGUAUUCCCUGCGCUUUCCUGAGUUGGAAUCUCUGGUACCCACACCUUUGGAAUACAUCAGGACAGUUCAGCUUUUGCAGAAUGACCUAGAAGUAACGAAAGUUGGAUUAGAUGAAGUACUUCCAGCUGCAACGAUUAUGGUUGUAUCAGUUACUGCCUCGACUACACAAGGGCAAAGAAUUGAACAAGAAGAGCUAGACUGUGUUAUGGAAGCUUGUGAUAUGGCUUUAAUAUUGAAUGAGAAGAAGUUAAAGAUCUUGGGUUAUGUGGAAUCACGAAUGUCAUUUAUUGCACCAAACGUGUCAGCCAUUGUUGGUUCUACAGUUGCCACAAAGUUGAUGGGUCUUGCUGGAGGACUAUCAGCUCUCUCUAAAAUUCCUGCGUGCAAUAUGCUUGUACUAGGUGCCCAAAGAAAGACUCUGGCUGGUUUUUCAUCAGCAGCAAUUCUUCCACACACUGGAUUUAUUUUCUAUUCCGACCUUGUUCAGAGCACACCACCAGAUGUCCGUAGGAAAGUGGCACGUGUUGUUGCAGCAAAAUGUACUCUAGCUGCUCGUGUUGACAGUUUUCACGAGAGUCCUGAGGGAGAUGUUGGACAAGAUUUAAGAGAUCAAGUUCAGAAGAAGAUAGAUAAGAUUUUGGAACCCCCUCCUGUGAAGUCAGCCAAGCCUCUUCCAAGACCAGAUGAUGCUCCUCGAAAAAAGAGAGGAGGAAGGAGGGUGCGGAAAAUGAAAGACAGAUACGCUAUUACUGAGAUCCGGAAACAAGCCAACAGAAUGACAUUUGGAAGUAUCCAGGAGGAUGCCUAUCAAGAUGAUCUGGGGUUCAGUACAGGCCAACUAGGAAAAGGUGGUGCAUCAGGCUCAGUACGUGCCCCCACUGCUGACAAAAAGACACAAGUGUCCAUAUCCAAAAGGUUACAGCGCCAGAUUCAUACUGCUGUAUUUGGUGGGAAGUCAUCUGUAAAAGGUGCAGCAUCUGGAACUGCUAGCAGUGUCGCAUUUACGCCUUUACAGGGCUUAGAGAUUGUCAAUCCAAUGGCAGCAGAAAAACGGACACAAGAGGGUAACAAGUACUUCUCCAAUACUGCCAGUUUUAGAAGUGCAAAGACAUCUUAAGUUCUGUUCUCUUAUUAUAAUGGUGUCAUAAAGUGCGCAUUAACACUGUAUGUUUUUAAAAUUCUUUGUCUUCAAUUUUAAUUGUGUCCUAAGGCAUGAAUCGCAGGGUGUCAACCAAUGCAUUACCACAUCCAGCACAUUGCACAUUGUCCAAGAAAAGAGCUGCCCUAGGUGGACUCAAACCCUACGCUCUGCUCUUUACACUGUUGAGGACCAGAUGUAAUACGGGAAAAUUAUGUAAUUACCAAUAGCUAAAAUUAAACGAGUACACUGCCUUGAUGUCCUAUGUGGCUUCUCAGCUGUUACAGGAUGUGGAGCACAGACAGCCUUUGUGAUAGGUGGAAUGACAUGUUCCUAGUCAUAUCAUACUAUGUAUACAGAU